GUGAACGUGUACGCAGGCUAAACGCUCGUCACAACGAGAUAUAAAAUUUCGGUUUAAAGAAAAAUACGUUUUGUUUCAAAAAUCAAUUUAAAACAUUUGUGUCAAUAAAAAAGUACAAAACAAAUAUUUAAAGAAAAAAGUAAAUUUUAAAGAAAUCUGCCCCCUUUUCCUGCAACCAAACUACACACAAAUCUCCGAAAUGAAACGACGAAAACUCUUAAUCUACUGGUCAGCUUUACAUGCCGGCCUAAGUUUGGUAACCUUUCUUACUCUAUUACUAGCACAACAGGCGGAUGCCGCUAUUAUACCACCACCCUGGAGUGAUCCGGAAAAGAAUCCUUGUGCCACCAUGCCCGGCGGUUGGCAAUUAUUGUAUUGGCCUCCUUUAAAGAAAUGUUUUAAAAUAUUCACCAUUGGUUAUCCCUGUCCGGAAACAAUGGAAUUAGGCCCUACAGCCUCUAUUGGUUCUAGUAAAAAGAAAUCUAUAUCUAACGCUCCUCUAGCUGAAUGUCGAUGUCCCCCAGGCACUGUACUAAGUGCAAAAAACAAUAAAUGUUAUAAAAUAUUCGAAAGGGGACCUUGCAAUAAGGGUCAGUAUUUCAGUCCGAUAGCAGAGACACAAUUAGGAAUCAAGAGAACGACGAAUCGUUGGGGUGUUUGUAAAACUCCGAGAUCUUGCCCAGAUGAUAUGGUAUUUUGGCCAAAGGAUGGCAAGUGUUAUACGAAAUUAACCAAAGGACCCUGUACCAAAGGAAAGCUAAUAGUAUUAAAUGAUGAAGGUUUGGCCGAGUGUCAGUGUCAAAAUUCUGGACCCUUAAGUCCUUAUUUUUAUGAUUUAGAAGAAACCUGUCAUGAACAUUAUACCAAAGGUCCUUGCUCCACACCGGGACAUCUAUUUUUACCGGGAGGACGUUGUGAUUGUCAUCGUUUCCUGCCUCACUAUCACGAAGAGCAACAAAUGUGCUAUGAAUUAAAUUCUCCUGGUCCUUGUCCCCCGGGUCAUGUUUUCAUAGUGCCCGAAAAUAGUAGCGUCAAUGAUAAUGAGUCAUAUGGUCUUAUAUUUUCAAGAGCCAAAUGCCAGUGUAAAGAUGGUUAUGUACCUUGGUCCGAUGGUUUAUGUUAUCGUCUUUAUACUAGAGGACCCUGUGGACCCGAUGAAUUUCUUUUGAAUGCUACAACUUGUACACGAAAUUUUUGUGGUAAAAAUCGUUUAUAUUUUCCCGAUCAGAAGCAAUGUUACCGCAUAGGUUCACAAGGACCCUGUGAUCUCUAUCAGGUGGUGGUAUUCGAUUUUACCGCCCGUCCCUCGGUAGAUGGCAUAUCCUAUAAUGGUAUGUGUGGCUGUGCUGGGGUUAUUAAGAAUCUAGAUCAACAAUGCUCUACCCCCGAAGAAUCAACUACAAAUACUUGUGAAUCCACUCCGGGAAUGGUAGAGUUAGAGGGUAAUUGUUAUAAAUUAUAUAGUAGAGGACCCUGCGGACCGGGACAAUGGUUGGAACCUAUUAAGUCUUUAACUCUGGAUACAGCUAGAUCAAUACAAACUAAAGCUAAAUGUGUUUGCCGUCCCGGUUAUACACCCGCAGAGAGAGCAGCUAAUAUGACAACGGCCGGUGUGCAACAGUGUAAUGCACCCACUGUGGGUUUAGCCAGGUAUUUGACGCAACAUUCUCUAAGUCAACGACAAAAUUCCAAAUUCUCUACCAGCUUUACCAUGACUAAUUUUCAAUUCUAAGAUAAAUUUCUUACUAAUUGUAAACCUCUUGCUGUAAAUAAUUAAAAUUUUCAGGAAUUUAGAAAACAAGACUGCAUGUUUGAUCCUAAAACUUUCUUCCUCUAAAUAUAUAUACAAUCUUCUAAAACUUUGCAUGUUGUCUCUACAUUUUGUAUAUUCUUUUAAAAUACUUUCAAAUACGUUUUUAAAACUCGUUAAGACUUAAAAAGUAUGUGGUGGUUUUUACACAUUCCCUGUAUAAGUAUAUCGUGUCUAAGCAUGUUUCUGUUUAUAUUCAUUUGAAAUCUAUAUUUUUAUUUAAUCUUAAUUUUAUUUUGAUUUUUAGAUGGUUUUUAGAAAUAUUUGGUUAAAAUCUCCCGACUCAAUGCGCAAAAAAUGCAAAAACUAAAUUUUUAUUUUAAGUAAUAUUUAAGUUUAGUGUUUAUGUUUAUAAAAUUUAUUAUAUAGUUUUAAGAUCUUUAAAAUGUUAAAUUUAAGUUUGUGCCAUUAUUAUAGAGAAAAGCAAAUUAUACGAAAAUGAAAUAAAUUAUAAAUACUCGAAUAAUUUAAUAA